CGCUGUAUUUUGACAUGUCACUGCAUGUUUGAAGAUGAUUAGCCUGGUGAUUUGUGGGAGUGAGCGAACCACUGCACUGGGUUGGCAAGACCUACAGACAGAGCGAUUAAAUUAUGGCAAAUUGAGAAAAACCCUACUAACACCAGUUUAGAACUUUAUUUGGGUGCGAUUGGACAGUCUUCUGCGUGAACAGUUGACAUGGUUGAUCAUUCUGUUCGGUCAUUUUCGGUCAAUCCUGUUGGACAUCUUCAUCUUGGACUUUUUUUCCCUUUGUCAACCAUUCUAUUACAACCCUGAAAUAGAGAAGUUGUUCAGGAGUUUUGUCGGAUUGCCAUGGAGUUCAUCCGGAAAGGGAUCAACCACAAGAUGUACCUGGUUGCUGCACAGAAACUGAAGGUUGAUGCAGAAACAGUUCAACAUGGUGUGGAGGGACUGAUGUAUCUUCUCUCUGAAAGUGCCAAGCUUAUGGUGACGGAGAUUGACUUUCAGGACUCCAUCUUGACCCUGGGGUUCUCCGAGGAACUCAAGCAGGAACUGCUGCGACUGUACCUGGAUAACCGCAAAGAGAUCCGAACCAUCCAAUCAGAAAUGGCCAUGGACCUGCCUCAUUACCAUAAUCUAGAAUGGCGUCUUGACAUUGAGCUUGCCAGUCGCUCACUCCACCACCAAACUAAUCCCUCCCUGCUGCUGAAGUUACACACAGAGGAGUCUGGGAGCAAGACCACGCAACUCCUAGAAACCGACCCCUCCAACCUGUUGCACAUGACGCAGUGUUUAGAGAGCGCCCUCGCCGAGGUCAAGAGCCAGCACUGCCGUCGAAUAAUGAGAAACAUUAAUAAAUGAGACACCAGAUCUUAACAGUAAUUACUUCGAAUGAAUUUUCGGAUUCCUGCUGAUUUGGAUACGAAAUUUUAUUUUUUUUCGUGGUAAUGAUGGCGAUUGGUCCUUCACCAUGACUAACUUACAGUAUUACAGUAAGUACACUGAAGACUCCGAGAAGACAAAGGAGAAUGAAGGCAGUUCAGAAAA